GCCAAAACAAAACAAAAACAAAAACAAAAACAAAAAACAAAUAAAAUAAAAUAAAAAGGAAAAUCCGUAAAAAACACGUCUUGUCAGGUUCCACUUUUACAGAAAAAAGUGAUAUAAUUGUGAAAAUGUGAUAGCUUCUCGGUCCACAUUUCUUGCAACUACAGGCUGCACCAGAAGGAGGAGUUUAAAGAGUUGAGGCAUGGGUAGGUUGUUUGUGGUGAGCCUAGAGGGGAAGAUCUACAGCUGCAGACACUGCCGGACCCAUCUUGCUCUCUGUGACGAUAUUGUUUCCAAGUCUUUCCACUCCAGGCAUGGGAAAGCUUACCUCUUCAGUAAGGUGGUGAACGUCUCUGUUGGGGAGAAAGAAGAUAGACCGAUGAUGACUGGCAUGCACACCGUUGCUGACAUUUUCUGUGUUGGCUGUGGAUCAAUUGUAGGGUGGAAAUAUGAGACUGCACAUGAAAAGAGCCAAAAGUACAAGGAAGGAAAAUCUGUACUUGAGCGGGUCAAGGUUUCAGGUCCCGAUGGAAGCAAUUAUUGGGUUAGUCAUGAGACGCAUGUUGGUGGAAGUGAUGCAGAUGAUGCCUGAUUAUCAUUCACCACAUCCAAUUGUACAUUCUUUAAUCCCCAUUGUGCUAAUUCAACUCAUGUGUAUUCUUAAGACAAAUCAAUUCCUGAUUUGGGGCAACUCAGCUGAAUACACCUUCAAUAACAUAAUUGAAAAACAUUUUAAUGUUGAUUCUGAUUUUA